ACAACGUCAUUACUUAACUCCAAUGAUUGGCCCACCCCUAAGCUUGAAUUUAAAAGCCCAGUAUACCGGGGAACUAUGUUAUGCAUGGUUACUGUAACAAUGAGGUUAACAAGCAGAGUUCAGCGUCUGGGCCGCGUUCCGGCGCUUUGUUUUCUGGCCCUGGUUCUUUGGGACAUUCCUGGGACCUGUGCACUGGACAAUGGCUUGGCAGUGACCCCUACCAUGGGCUGGCUACACUGGGAGCGCUUCAUGUGCAACACCGACUGCAAAGAAGAGCCGGAUUCCUGUAUCAGUGAGAAGCUCUUCAUGCAAAUGGCAGAUCUCAUGGACUCAGAUGGCUGGAAGGAAGUAGGGUAUGAGUACCUCUGCAUUGAUGACUGUUGGAUGGCUCCCCAAAGAGACUCGAAAGGCAGACUUCAGGCAGAUCCUGUACGCUUUCCUAGCGGGAUCCGCCACCUAGCUAAUUAUGUCCAUAGUAAAGGACUGAAGCUAGGGAUUUACGCAGAUGUUGGGAAAAAAACCUGUGCAGGCUACCCUGGGAGUUUUGGAUACUAUGACAUUGAUGCCGAGACCUUUGCUGACUGGGGAGUAGAUCUGCUAAAAUUUGAUGGUUGUUACUGUGACAGUGUGGAACAGUUGGCAGAUGGUUAUAGGCACAUGUCCUUGGCCCUGAACAAGACUGGCAGAAGCAUUGUGUACUCCUGUGAGUGGCCCCUUUAUAUGUGGCCCUUUCGGAAGCCUAAUUAUACAGAAAUCCGACAGUACUGCAAUCACUGGAGAAAUUCUGGAGACAUUUAUGAUUCUUGGCAGAGUGUAAAGAGUAUCUUGGACUGGACAUCUUCUAAUCAAAAGACAGUUGUUAGUGCCGCAGGCCCCGGGGGCUGGAAUGACCCAGAUAUGUUAGUGAUUGGCAACUUUGGCCUCAGCUGGGAUCAGCAGAUAACUCAGAUGGCCCUCUGGGCUAUCAUGGCAGCUCCAUUAUUCAUGUCCAAUGACCUCCGACACAUCAGCCUUCAAGCCAAAACGCUCCUUCAGAAUAAGGAUGUAAUUGCCAUCAACCAGGACCCCUUGGGCAAACAGGGAUACCUACUUAGAAAGGAAGACAACAUUGAAGUAUGGGAACGCCCUCUCUCUAAUUUAGCCUGGGCUGUGGCUAUGGUAAACCUGCAGGAGAUUGGUGGACCUCGUUCUUAUACCAUCAAUAUUGCAUCCCUGGGUCAAGGAGUGGCCUGCAAUCCCGCCUGUUUUAUCACAGAGCUCCUCCCUAUGAAGACAAAGCUUGGGUUUUAUGAAUGGACUUCUUGUUUAAAAACUCGAAUAAAUCCCACAGGCACUGUUUUGCUUCUAUUAGGUAGAAGCCAGGCAUUUCAAAAGCUUCCUUAGCCCUGGUUGGGUGGCUCGGUUGGAACGAGCGUUGUCCCAUACACCAAAAGGCUGCAGGUUUGAUCCCAGGUCAAGGCACAUACCCAGACUGUAGGUUCAAUCCCCAGAUGGGGUGCUUACAGGAGCAAUUGAUGUCUCUCUUCCUCUAAAAUCAAUAAACAUAGUCCCCUCUUCCCCCAGGUUGAAGAUUUAAAAAAAGAAAAAGCUUCCUUAAAAAUUUUUAUUUUGUUGCAAAAGUGACUACCCUACUUCUGUUCUUCCAUUCCUACUUCAGCUGUUCUUAAAUUUCUCUACAAAAACCAGUAAGGCACAAAAGGCCCACUCAGAAUACAAAAUGUUUUCAUUCCUUUGCCUGUCAUGUUAUUACCAGUUAUUUUCAAUAAAACUGGAAAACUAAUUAUUGUCAGUUCAUAAAAAUUGCAAUAAAAUUGGUAAACUCAAGACAGUUAUCC